CCCCGUCCACCCUAAUCCUCAAAGUAACAGCGCGAGAGGUGGUUCGUCCGCCGUCCGAGCGAUUUUCUUGAACGUCUCUUAAGUUUGCAAUUGCGAGAUCAAAUCGCAAAUUUAGCGUGCGAGCAAUUCGUGUUUGAUUGUGCUUUUAUUUAGUGAAAUAAUACAACUUUGAGAAUAUGCCCGAAGACGUGAGCAUGUCCGAAACCGGUGAGGUGGAGACCUUCGCCUUUCAGGCCGAGAUCGCUCAGUUGAUGAGCUUGAUCAUCAACACUUUUUACUCCAACAAGGAAAUCUUCAUCCGAGAAUUGAUUUCUAACGCAUCUGAUGCAUUGGACAAGAUCCGAUAUGAAUCUCUCACAGAUCCAGCCAAGCUGGAUACAUGCAAGGAACUAUUUAUCAAGAUCAUCCCAAACAAGAACGAUCGCACUCUAACAAUUCUUGAUUCUGGCAUUGGCAUGACCAAGGCUGAUCUUGUAAACAACCUGGGUACCAUCGCCAAGUCUGGUACGAAAGCAUUCAUGGAGGCUCUGCAGGCUGGAGCUGAUAUUUCUAUGAUUGGACAGUUUGGUGUUGGUUUCUACUCAGCGUAUCUUGUUGCUGAUAAGGUCAUCGUAAUCUCGAAGCACAACGACGACGAGCAGUACCUUUGGGAGUCUUCCGCUGGUGGUUCGUUCACAGUACGUCCUGACAAUGGCGAGCCAAUUGGACGAGGCACCAAAAUCGUUCUUCAUAUCAAAGAAGAUCAAACUGAAUAUCUGGAAGAGUCAAAGAUCAAGGAAAUAGUCAAGAAGCAUUCGCAGUUCAUUGGCUAUCCCAUCAAGCUCGUCGUUGAGAAGGAGCGCGAUAAGGAAUUGAGCGAGGACGAGGAGGAAGAGCCAGCGAAGGAGGAGGAGACUGAAGAUGAAAAGCCCAAGAUUGAGGAUGUCGGUGAAGAUGAGGAGGAGGACAAACCCAAGGAUGAAAAGAAAAAGAAGAAGAAGACGAUCAAAGAAAAGUAUACUGAGGAUGAAGAGCUGAAUAAGACCAAGCCGAUCUGGACAAGGAAUCCGGACGACAUUACUCAGGAGGAAUAUGGCGAAUUCUACAAGAGCCUAACCAAUGAUUGGGAAGAUCAUUUAGCGGUGAAACACUUCUCGGUGGAAGGUCAGUUGGAAUUUAGAGCCCUUCUCUUCAUUCCUCGUCGCGCGCCUUUCGAUUUGUUCGAGAACAAGAAAAGGAAGAACAAUAUUAAAUUGUACGUUCGACGUGUCUUCAUCAUGGACAACUGCGAAGACUUGAUCCCAGAAUACCUGAACUUCAUCAAGGGUGUUGUGGACAGCGAAGAUUUGCCCCUGAACAUCUCUCGUGAGAUGCUGCAACAAAACAAGAUUUUGAAAGUUAUCAGGAAAAAUCUUGUGAAGAAGUGCCUGGAGCUGUUCGAAGAAUUGUCUGAAGACAAGGAGAACUAUAAGAAAUGCUACGAGCAGUUCAGCAAGAAUCUGAAGCUCGGCAUCCACGAGGACAGCCAGAACAGGAAGAAGUUGUCGGAGUUGUUACGUUACCACACCUCCGCGUCCGGCGAUGAGAUGUGCUCGCUCAAGGACUACGUCGGUAGAAUGAAGGAAAACCAAAAGCACGUCUAUUACAUUACCGGCGAGAGCAGGGAACAGGUAGCGAACAGCUCGUUCGUUGAGCGUGUCAAGAAGCGCGGUUUCGAGGUCGUAUAUAUGACCGAACCGAUCGACGAAUACGUCGUGCAGCAACUGAAGGAGUUCGAUGGUAAGCAGUUGGUGUCCGUCACGAAGGAAGGCCUUGAGCUUCCAGAGGACGAGGAAGAGAAGAAGAAGCGAGAGGAGGACAAAACCAAGUUCGAAAGUCUCUGCAAGGUCAUGAAGGACAUCCUGGACAAGAAGGUCGAGAAGGUGGUGGUGUCCAACAGGUUGGUCGAUUCGCCUUGCUGCAUCGUCACUUCGCAGUACGGCUGGACGGCAAACAUGGAGAGGAUCAUGAAGGCGCAGGCACUUCGCGAUACAUCCACCAUGGGUUACAUGGCCGCGAAGAAGCACCUGGAAAUCAAUCCGGACCAUCCUAUUAUGGAGAACCUGCGGCAGAAGGCGGAAGCGGAUAAGCACGACAAGUCUGUUAAAGAUUUGGUAAUGCUGCUGUUCGAGACCGCCCUGCUCUCGUCCGGCUUUGCGCUCGAGGACCCACAGGUGCACGCUUCCAGGAUAUAUAGAAUGAUCAAGCUUGGCCUGGGCUUCGAUGACGAUGAUGCGCCGAGCGCCGAAGACGAGAAGAUGGACACGGAAGUACCGCCGUUAGAGGAUGACGCGGAGGAGGUAUCGAGGAUGGAAGAAGUAGAUUAAGCAUUUUACGAGCCGCCGUAACAAAACUUCUAUCGAAUCCAAAGACUUCGUAGACGAUAGAAACAGCAAAGACUGUAAUUAAAUUCGUCGGGUGUAUUUUGUUUUUAAUUUUAAGUUAGUUUUGUGAAUAUUUGUGUUUUUCACUCGAUCUUCCCGCCUGUUCUCAUCGCGCUCACGCAGGAUAUUGCUUACUUAGAGACACACGAGCUAUUAAUGAUUAACACAUGAUCUCUCUAGUUACAUUGCGAAUGCAAAUAGCGUGCAUGUCGAGUUAACGUACCUUCAAAGACCUUCAUACCAAGGAAUUUCGUCGCUUGAAUUCUUCAUCGGACAUGCAUUCUCUCGUAUCCUUCACAUUCUCGAAUUCAUUUUAUAGCGCGAACAUUGCAGUUUUUUUGUACUUUUGCGUAUUUACAAUUUAAUAUUUCUCACUUCAUCAUUCCAUUGCAUAAAUUAUCUCUUACAUAAGAUUGUAAGUUUUACGCGCAAUAAAAUAUCGUUAUAAAUUAA